GUCCGGUGGGGCGACGAGCCGCAUGGAGGCCGGCUGAGGAGCGCCGCCCCGCCUCGGAUGAUAAUUUCCAGCGCCAGAUAGCGGCGUGUCCUCUGCUGAUCAGGAGACUGCCCAGGAGGACUUGUGUUUCAGGGUCUUCUGAAACCAGACUGCUGGCUCUUUUCCUGCCCCGACAGGAGCGCCGCUUCCUGUUUGCAUUUCGGUUGGCACCUUACACUGGCAGAGAGCUCUCAUCUGUGAAGCAGGAAGAGGGGCUUGGGGAUCCUGGACCGGAGGCGUCACUCGUCAGUGCCAGGAGCUGCCGCCCGCCAUGGAGGGGGAGGAGGAGCAGCCACCUCAGGAGGCUGACGUGGAGCCCGUUGUCCCAGUGGGGUCUUCCGAGGUGGUGCCCAGGGUGCUUUCCGGAGAACCCCAGAACCUGUCCGACGCCGACGCUCUGUCCCUGCUCCUGGAGAUGAAGCUGAGGCGGCGGCGAGAACGGCCCAGCCUGCCGCGCACCGUGACGGAGCUGGUGGCCGAGGACGGGAGCAGGGUGUACGUGGUGGGCACAGCCCACUUCAGCGACGACAGCAAGAAGGACGUCGUGAAGACCAUCCGGGAGGUGCAGCCCGACGUGGUGGUGGUGGAGCUGUGUCAGUACCGCGUGUCCAUGCUGAAGAUGGACGAGACCACGCUGCUCCAGGAGGCCAAGGAGAUCAGCCUGGAGAAGCUGCAGCAGGCCGUGAGGCAGAACGGGGUCAUGUCCGGACUCAUGCAGAUGCUGCUGCUGAAGGUGUCCGCCCACAUCACUGAGCAGCUGGGCAUGGCCCCUGGUGGCGAGUUCCGAGAGGCCUUCAAGGAGGCCAGCAAGGUGCCUUUCUGCAAAUUCCACUUGGGCGACCGGCCUAUCCCCGUCACCUUCAAGAGGGCCAUCGCUGCGCUCUCCUUCUGGCAGAAGGUCAAGCUGGCCUGGGGCCUGUGCUUUCUGUCAGACCCCAUCAGCAAGGACGACGUGGAGCGCUGCAAGCAGAAGGACCUGCUGGAGCAGAUGAUGGCCGAGAUGGUGGGCGCGUUCCCCGACCUGCACCGCACCAUCGUCUCUGAGCGCGACGUCUACCUGACCUACAUGCUGCGCCAGGCCGCCCGGCGCCUCGAGCUGCCGCGCUCCUCUGACGCUGAGCCCAGGAAGUGUGUGCCCUCGGUGGUGGUGGGUGUCGUGGGCAUGGGCCACGUGCCGGGCAUCGAGAAGAACUGGACCACCGACCUCAACAUCCAGGAGAUCAUGACCGUCCCCCCGCCGUCCAUCUCCGGCAGAGUGUCCCGGCUGGCCGUGAAGGCCGCCUUCUUGGGCCUGCUGGGCUACGGCCUUUACUGGAUGGGGCGCCGCGCCACCAGCCUGGUCCUGUCGCUGCCCGUCGCUCAGUACUGUCUGCAGAGAGUGUCCACCGCCCGGCCACGCAAAUAGGAAGGACCAGCUUGUGACUGCUCCCGGGUAGCCGCUGAGGGGCGCUGGGGCCGGCCCCCUGAGGAGCUGUUGGGUGCCACCCCCCGUGGGGGUCCAGGCCCGGCCACACCUCCCCUCCCCCAACCCGCCCAAAUAAAGGAUUAUUUAACUGCUCUGA